AUCCUCUCCUCCUCCUCCCCUUUCCCAUCCGCCUCUCUCCUCCACCUCCUCGCCGCCGACGACCGCCGCCGCCGCCACCGCCGCCGAGAGCCUUCGCCGUCCGGGUCGCGUGGGUGGGAAGGAGGAAGCAUGGCGCUACGGAGGCUGCUCCAGGGGAGCGUCCUGCCGCGGAUGACGGGGCGGGCUGCCGCGGCGCCCUUCUCCACGGCGUCCGGGGAGACCGUCCGCGCCACGCUCUUCCCCGGUGACGGCAUCGGGCCGGAGAUCGCCGAGUCGGUCAAGCAGGUAUUUAAUGUUGCAGGGGUACCAAUAGAAUGGGAAGAACAUUAUGUUGGUACAGAAGUUGAUCCCAGAACAGAGAGCUUCCUGACUUGGGAAAGCUUGGAGUCAGUGCGGAGAAACAAAGUUGGUUUGAAAGGUCCUAUGGCUACACCUAUCGGAAAAGGCCAUCGUUCAUUGAAUCUUACACUAAGGAAGGAACUUGGUCUUUAUGCAAACGUUAGACCUUGCAACAGCCUCCCAGGAUACAAGACUCGAUAUGAUGAUGUGAACCUUGUGACUAUUCGUGAAAAUACUGAAGGAGAAUAUAGUGGCCUUGAGCAUCAGGUUGUGAGGGGUGUUGUGGAAAGCUUAAAAAUUAUUACUCGCCAAGCAAGUUUAAGAGUGGCAGAGUAUGCUUUCCACUAUGCCAAGACCAAUGGGCGGGAGAGGGUGUCUGCAAUACACAAAGCCAAUAUCAUGAGGAAGACAGAUGGUCUCUUCCUCAAGUGUUGUCGUGAAGUGGCUGAGAAAUACCCUGAAAUUGUCUACGAGGAGGUCAUUAUAGACAAUUGUUGUAUGACGCUUGUGAAGAAUCCUGGUCUUUUUGAUGUAUUGGUGAUGCCAAAUCUUUAUGGUGACAUUAUUAGCGAUCUUUGUGCUGGUUUGAUUGGGGGCUUGGGCCUGACACCCAGCUGUAACAUUGGUGAAGGUGGCAUUUGUCUAGCAGAAGCUGUUCAUGGUUCUGCUCCUGAUAUCGCCGGCAAGAACCUUGCAAACCCGACUGCUCUUCUGCUGAGUGCUGUUAUGAUGUUGCGCCACCUGCAAUUCAAUAACCAAGCAGAUCGGAUCCACAGCGCCAUCCUCCAGACGAUCUCCGAGGGAAAGUUCAGGACUGCUGAUCUCGGUGGAAAGGCGACUACUUCCGACUUCACGAAAGCAGUUUGCGAUCAUAUCUGAGCAUCUGAUGUGAUUCUGUCCUCUUGAUUGUUUUCCCACCCCCCCUAAUUUUUGUUGCAUACGGAGAGGAGCGUUAGCUUGAAGAGGUUAACUAGCGGCACCUCAAUAUUUCUUUGGGCUUCAGCAUGGGUUAAGACCAUCUAAUAAUCCUGUCGCAUUCUUGCUCUUGGAAAAAGUUUCCUCCAACAUUGCAGUCCAGUCAGAGAAUGGUCUGUAAUAAUCAGUGAAAAAAUUAUAGCAGUAGAUAGAAUCUGUUCAUUCAAGCUCUUCAAAUUACUGGGCCAUCAACAUCAAUGCCAUUUUCUUAUUUUUGUGUUUUAA